AUGACCGAGCAGCCUCAGUUGACCCUCUACCGGGGGUUCCCGGGGUUCGACGAAUAUACCUGGUCGCCUUUUGUCACGAAAAUGGAACUUUGUCUACGUGUCUCUGGGCUUGAAUAUACCAAGGAAGCUGGAUCGGUUCGUGAUGCUCCGCGCGGCAAGAUCCCAUACCUGAAAUUUGCACAACCCGAUGGAUCGGAUCCUGAAAUACUCUCCGACUCGAGUAUGAUGAUUCGACAGUUGAUUGGGAAAGGACUGAUUGACGAUUGGAAUGCAUCUCUAAAUCCCUCGCAAAGAACACACGAUCUAGGCCUACGUGCCGUACUGGAAGAAAAGUUAUACUUCCUGACCGCACAUGAGAAAUGGUUUGAGAACUACUAUACCAUGCGAGACCACGUAUUAGGAUCUAUACCUUACCCUAUGCGUGUUGGAGUAGGAUUGGUGGUGUACAGGAACAUGACUCAAACACUCCAUGGUCAGGGAACACUUCGCUUUACAAAUGAUGAGAUUGCCACGAUGCGGAAGGAUAUCUGGGAAGAGAUAAAUGCCUUGCUGGUCGCGUCGAAGUCUGCAUCAAUGAACACUGAGGACUCCGAGCCUUUUUGGUUGCUUGGCGGAAAUGCACCGACUGAAUCAGAUGCGGCUUGCUUCGGCUUCGUCACUGCGGCUUUGACCUCCACUGCAUGCCCUAAGGCGCAAAAGGUCGUCAAAAGUCUGCCCGUUGUGGUCGAGUAUGCGCGUCGGAUUCAUGAUCGAUUCUUCCCUGAAUAUGCACUCUGGAAUUGA